CCGUUUCGGUGUCUGUAUGUUUUGGUGAGGCCACGUACAUUUGGGAACGAAGUGAUGAUGCCUUGAUUAAGAUCUUUAUUCUAGAUCUAGAUGCCACUUGCUCGACGAGAAUAAACUUAAAUUUGCUGCAGUUUUGGUUGGAACCAUUUCUCUUUUUCAAGAAAUGGAAGGCAGAUAUAAUACAAGAAGUCCGGCUGUGAAAAGGCUGAUGCGAGAGGCUCAGGAACUAAGUGAACCCACAGACCAGUAUUUUGCGCAACCUUUGGAGGACAACUUAUUUGAAUGGCAUUUCACCGUGAGAGGGCCAGCUGAUUCUGACUUUCAGAGUGGCAUCUAUCAUGGGCGGAUCAUAUUGCCUGUAGACUACCCAAUGAAACCUCCAAGUAUAAUCUGGCUCACACCCAAUGGAAGGUUUGAGACCAACAAAAAAAUCUGCCUAAGCAUCUCUGGCCAUCACCCGGAAUCAUGGCAACCGUCGUGGUCAAUUCGAACUGCCCUGCUGGCCAUCAUUGGGUUUAUGCCCACCCAUCCUGGUGGAGCUAUUGGAUCAUUGGACUAUACACCUGAAGAGCGUAAAACUCUAGCAAAAAAGAGCCGGGACUGGAAGUGUCCGAGCUGUGGUGAUGUUCAGAACAACCUGUUGGAGCCCAGCACUGAGUCAAAAAGUACAUCUCAGGAGGCAAAAGAGUUGGCCGCUCAGAUUAAUUUUCAGGGAGAGAAGUCAAAGAAGUCUAGUGCAGGGAAUCCUGUAGCAUCUUCUGCAGCCAAAUCAUCAAACUUGGAAGCCCCAGUACAGACAUCUCCCAGUAAUGUUGGCACAGCUGGAGGCAACAAUCCAGUCACAGCCACGCCAGCUGCACAAACAACUCCUUUCCCCCUGCCGUUCCCUCGUCUCUCUCCUUGGGGCACCGGCACACCUGCCCAGGCCAUGCCUGGUUCUCAAGUUUGGAACCCCUCUGCCAUGUCUCAACCUUCGGGUGUAGCAGCCAUGAUGCCACGUUUCCCGUACCCACCUAGCCACUACCCAAGUGGUUACACGAGUCCCUUUUACCCUUCAGGCUUUCCGAUGCCUGGUGGUUUGAAUAUGUUCCCUUAUCCCUUCCCAGCUCCUCUCGGGAUGAGGCUCCCUUCACACCAGAAUACAUCACCCCCUCAUCCAGUGAACACAGCUGCCUCAGAGCCUGCAAAUGCAGGUCCUGCUGACUUAAGAGGUCAAGGUGUCUCUACGUCUUCUUCUACAAGCCAGCCUAGGUACACGCGCUCGCCCAUGGUUUCUUCCCUGCACGCUUCUCCUUCUAGAAACUUGGGAGCAGCUGCGGAAUCUCCUGUCUCGGAAAGUGAUGUUGGAAAAACAGAAAGCCCUGCCAAGGAUGAAGUGAUGGCAGAACUUCUCAGCAAAGUGAAACGUGUAGGUUCGGCUGAUUUGUCGCAGCCACAGCAAAAUGCAGAGGAGAAGGCAGCGGGUUUGUCUGUGACUGAAGAGGUGGCUGUGAAGCCAGUGGUGGAGGAAAUUGUGGGAGACUGCUCCCUCACAGAGGAGACCGGGGAGAAAAAGAGUGCUGUCUCCCAUGGCCAUACCAACAGCGAGGUGUCUCCGUUGGUGAAAAAGAAAGAGUCGCUGGGGGAGCUGACUUGUGCUGACCUGUCUCACCCGGAUCUGCCGACAGACGCGGAGGAGAACAGCGAGGCUGGAGCCCCGCCCCUGGAGACACUGGACAUAGACCAGCGGUCAGGCCUAGAGCGCAGCACAAGCAACUCCAUGCCAGAGCUGGAGAGUAAGAGAGGCCUUGGUGGCAAAGGAUUACGUCAACGGCAGUCAGCCACUGCUCGCAUUCCCACUGAGGUUGCUGAAGACUUUCAGCAGGAAGCGGGAGCAGCUGGUGUAGACGGGCAGAGAAUUGAAGCUGAGUCAGGGGACACGCCCCCGAGACAGAGGCCCCGCCCUAAUGGUCUGGGCAACCAGGUCUUUGCGGGAGGAUCCCGCCAGAAUCUUGGAAACGAAAAUGGAGCCCGUCAAGGAAAUUCUUUCGACUUUUCUAUUCUUCUGAUUGUUGGUCUUAGCCUUGCUACAAUCCUUAUAUUGCUCAAUCGUGUUGCCCAGGCAAUAGAUUGGUCAUAGUUGUUCACUGGACAUGUGUACUUUAAGUGUUCUCUCCUCAUUGCUGGUGAGGAGUCACAUUCAGUGACUCUGUUCUUUUGGAUCUUUCUCCAAACUGGUGCUGUGACAAGAACAUUGUAAAGAAAAUGUAUUUAUUUAAAUAUAUGCAAAAUGUGGCACUCUUCUGUGGUCUAUAAUUGAAAGGUCAUAUUUUGUACUGUUGUUAAAAGCUCAGUGUGACGCUUAAGCAUUUCUGAUGAAGUAUAUUUUAAAGAACCAAAAACAGAAAAGUGCAUGGAAAGCUAAAUAUGCAAUGAGAUUUGCUACCCCUUUAUGGUGGGCUUUUUUUUCAAAACAAUUUGCCCAUGGCUAAAGUCCCAAAUUUUCUUCUGAUGUAGUGUGUUACAGCUCUGAUUUAUGAAAGACAUGAUUGGGUAGCCUGCUAUGUGGCUCCUGGUCUAUACUACACAUGGGUACACUAUGUCAAGAGUAUAAUAAGGUGGCGAAAAUCAAGUUGUGGAUUAAGUGGCCCUGCAGAUCUGCGUUUAUGAAUUCCUUUGAUAUUACCUGUGGGUUUUUUUAUGUCCUUGAUAGACAUUACUGUGGCACAUGGACUAUAUUCCUAUCUCAUUACUUCUGGGCGGUUUACAGAUUAGGUAUAGUUUUCGUUAAAGGGUGGCUUAGUAUGAUUAGGAAGUUCAAGUCUGUCUGACGCGUACCAUGUUUCACUAGUAGUUUACUCAAACCAUUCUUUUUGUCAAAUUGUAUCUGUCCUGGAAUCAUGGAGUAGAAUUUAUUAUAAAUUUCACUUAGACUAGGUCAGAAUAAUGGAAUAAUGCUUGGGAAAAGGGAGCAUAAAAAGCAAGAAAGUGUAAAAGGCUGUUUUUGUUAUUGACAUUGGUUUCCUUCGUUUGCCAUGUGUUAAGUUGUCCAAUCUCUCUAAAUGGAUUUAUUUCCUUCAGCUGUUUGCUGAGUAGAUUGUACAGAGCUUUUUAGGCUGGCAAAAUAAUGGGGGGGGGCAUUGUAUUGGUAACAAAAUAACAUUCAGUCUUCUGUUAACCUUGCACUGGCAGUUUAUAGUUUUCUGUCCAUAGUAGUUAUUCUGAUUAAAACACAUCAAUAAUUCAUGUUUUGUUAACAACAGCAUAUACUUUCUCAUUUGGGUAGGGUUAUUGUUUGGCAAAAA